AUGGAUGGUUCGAAUAAUACAUUUCAACCUCUUGUCAUACCAAGAGAUUCCGAGGGAUAUGUUAAAAGCUUUGCUCUCUCGAGUUAUAAUUGUUCUGAAGCUGUAGAAGCACGUGCAUUUUUCAAACAAUACGGUUUUGUAGUUAUUGCAAAUGUUUUUACUCCAGAGCAAUGUGCAACAACUAUCUCCGAUAUAUGGAAUGUAAUCGAAUCCUGUACUGGAAAAUCGUUGCGAAAUGAUGAAAAUCAAUGGAUUUCACAAAAUUGGUAUAGAACUGGUCUUGUACAAGAAGGUAUUAUUGGUAAUGCUAGUUUAUGGACACGACAAAUUUUACUAAAUCGACAGAUAUCAGCUUUGCAUGUUGCUUUUGCUGCUAUUUUAGAAACAGAAAAUCUUCUUGUUAAUCAUGAUCGUUAUGGAAUGUUUCGACCUGCAAAAGAACAUCCUAAACGUGCAACAAUGACCAAUCUUCAUUUAGAUAUGAAUCCAUGGAACUACAUUGAUGAUAAAGACAAUACGCAUCAAUUGGAAGCUCUUUCCGAAUUGCAAUAUAAAUCUGAUGAUGAUUGGAUUGAUGAGAAUAAUGAACCUGGUUGUGCAGCAGUAGGAGAAUUGAAUGUACAAGGUUUAGUUAAUCUUGCUGAUAACUUAGAAGAGGAUGGUGGUUUUUGGCUUGUACCGGGUUUUCAUAAAUAUAUCGCGCAAUGGGCAGUCGAACAUGAAUCAUUACGCAAGAAAUUUGGGCGACACUAUCAAUUUCUUCUAUUUGAUAAAGAUGAUAUUCCUGAUAUGUACGCUGCUGCUUGUCAUAUUUCUACACGUGCUGGUUCAGCUAUUUUAUGGGAUCAACGUACGAUGCAUGGCUCACGAGCAAAUGCUAGUCUACGUCCUCGUUUUGCACAAUUUUUUAAAAUGUUUCCUACACAACAUCCUGCUAUGACAUUAGAACGAGCAGAAUAUAGACGUCAAGCAAUUCUUGCAGAACUUCAAGAAGCAAAUAUCGACCCUAACACAGAUCUUACUCCAUUAGGUAGAAGAAUCUUUGGACUUGAAUAA